GUGCAUUUAGUAGCAGACGCAGCCUUUUCUAGGGUGACCGAAGAGGCAAUGAGGAGUUUGUAAAUUUCGUUAUUAUAAGAUUUAAGUUUAUAUAUUACAAUCAUCAUGAUUUCAAAGGCUGCAGUAGGUAUUGCUGUUGGAAUAGCUGGAAUAUUUGUUGGAUAUUGCUUUUACUUCGAUCAAAAGCGUCGUAGUGAUCCAGAUUUUAAAAAGAAAUUGCGUGAACGUAGAAAAGCUAAGAAGCAAGCUCAAAAAGCUAAUUCAAAAAUUCCAGAUUUAAAAGAUCAUGAAGUUGUUCAAAAAUUCUUCUUCCAAGAGGUUCAACUUGGAGAAGAAAUGCUUUCAUACGGUGAUAUAGAAGGUGGAAUUGAGCAUUUAGCAAAUGCAGUUGCUGUUUGUGGACAACCUACACAAUUAUUGCAAGUUCUUCAAAAAACACUGCCACCACAAGUUUUUCAUCUUUUAUUGCAGCGAAUACCAGCUAUUAGCCAGAAGUUAUCUCAAACUGCAAUGGCUGAGGAAGAUGUUGAAUAAAAUAAUACUAAAAAUUACGUUGACUUUUAAAAUAAAAUCUAACUAUUAGUAGAAGUGUAUGCCUUCUUUUGAUAAUGUAGACAUUUGUGUGACUUUAAUCUUGUGAAACUUUCUAAUUGUGUGGCAUGUUUUCCUUGAUUAAACUUCCAUACUCCUUAAUAUUACAUAUUAAUAAUCAAGAAUGUGAUAUACAUUUAUGUGCAUUUAAAUUUUAAAUAGAAAAGUAUUUUAUAUUAAUUUGUUAACUAUGAUGUUCAUUUAAAAAUUACAGUUAACUGCCACAAUGAUAAGUCAUACAAGUAAAAUAUUUUUGAUUAAGGUGGCAAUAAAUAUAUAAUACACAAAACUUAGAAAGAUUUCUGGUGUCACACAAGAUUUUCUUAAUCUCUUUAUAUGACUGUAAUAAAUUGUUCAUAUUUGUUAAAUGUGUAGCAAUUUUAAGAGAGAACAGAAAUGGAGAAAAAUAAUUGAACUAAUACUAAAAUUAAAUAAUGUGUUUGAUUUUAUAGAAAUUUCAAAAUGUAUAAUUUUAUGCAUUAGUAGUAGCAUGUUGAAACAUUAGGCUCAUUCAAUAAGGAAUUCAUAUGAAAUGUGAUCAGCAUUUACAAAUAGCUACAGAAAUGCAGUUAUGUCUAUAUAUUCUUAAUAAAUAUAUUUUAUAGAAUUUGCACAAA